AUGAAAUUGUCAGUAUCAAGAUUAAAAUAUUUUGCUCUAAAAACUUUUGUGUUGGAUAAUUUGGAAUUUGCUUAUUUGAAAUGGAUUCUUAAUAAUCUUAAUCAUAUCAAAAAACUUAAUAUUCAUCUUCGAAAUGAUGAAUUUUCUAAUACAGAUGAAAUCAUUUGGAAUUCUACAAUUGAUGCAAAUUUUAUUUAUCAAUAUUGUUUACCUGAUAGAAAAAUUAAUUUAGCACGGUUUGAUUUUUAUAUUUCUUCGAAAUGUGAAUCAUUAAGGAAAAAUAUUGAUGAAAUAAUUCAUUCAUUUAAAAUUCAUCCUUUUUUCUUGAUCAUCAAUGGACAAAUGUAA